GGAGAGCAUAUUGUAUGUACGAUUGAUUCGACCAUGCGUUGCAUUGUCUGUGUGUUUGGAUACACAUAUAACUAUCUACGUGUACAUGUUUAAAUACCUGACCAAAAUAGUUAUACAAGUUUAAAUUGUCCCGGUACGGUUUGUUCCGAGUGUGCUCGAUCUAUUGUAAGACUCGCAACCAUGGAGAGUAGGGUCGUUUGAAAAUGGCGGCCCCCACAGUAGUGAUAUUCCAAAAGGAUACCAAUAUUUAGUUUACACAACCAGAGGACAUAUAGCUACAGGUGUCUGUGAGAUCCAGCCAUGACCUCCCUUUAUCCUGGUACCCUGUUUUGUACUCCGGGACUCAAUCGUCGGUCAACACCCUCAAAGGCUGGCACCACUUCUGAAGAACUAGCAAAGCGCUAUAGAAGAUUACCAUACAAUGGCCGACCCUGGCCAGCGCCGAGUCCAGUGGCGGGAGUGUAUGACAUCAGUAACAGUAGCACGCAGCUCAUCAUGAUGAACAACAAAGUCCGUAAGAAAAGCAAGCUAAGAGGUUACAAUGAUGCAAACGAGGAAUCGGACAGAAUCCCCAACCCUGAUCGCCAUUUGCGAACAUCAUCCCCAGUCAACAAGGAAUUUCACACGAAGUGUCUCAACUCCCAGUCUCCCCGCUAUACACCCUCUGUCUGUAGUGACCUGGAGUGGAAUUCUCAAAGGUCACAAGCCAAGUUCUAUGAUGGUUCCCCUGUCAACCCUAAGAGACACACUUCAUGCCGAGUACCCACUGAUCCUACAGCAUUCCAGAUCGGCAUGUUAACAGAAUCUCCUCGACGUUCCUCCAGUCGACUUUCUCUGCCGGCACGGUUCCAAUCCAGUCCCCUCCUUACCCACCCGGAGCUGAAGCCUGGAGAGCGAGCGUACCUUACACACAUCGCACGCAUUUACAGCGCAGGCCAGAUGAUGAAACUGAAACAGGCGCAGUACAACCAACUUCUCUUCAAGGAGAUGGAGAAAGGUCUGUACGGUAGAGAUGAGGUGGAGAGGUAUGGCAGAUUUAUCAACAUGGGAAAGGAUCGCCAAUACCAGAUGUUACGGCCUACGACUGGGUUCCGACGUGUCAUGUCUGCUCCACCCCAGAAAUAUCACAUGUAUGACAGUAACACAUACAGCAACAAUGACGAUUCCUUCUCCACAGAAAAAUCCUCUGAUACCAAGAAAAAUUCCAACGAUGAAAAGGAAGGAAAGCGACCGAAAACAGGAGCUCCAAGAUCAACCAGGGAACAGUCAUCACAAAGGUCAAAGACACAGCAAAUCUAUAAAGCAACUCAAGAGAUUCCUCCAGCACGAUCAAACAAAGAAUCGACUAACAAGCCUCCUGUGAAGGCCAAUCGCUCUCAAAACAAUGGAAAGCAAGGGGUGAACAACAAGACAGAAGUCUCCCCAGCAUCUUCAUCAACCGAGAGUUCAUCUGAUAAUAACAGACGAGAGGCAGGCAGUAGCUCACACAGAGAGGGAAACGAUAGACCAAAAUCUCGUCUAGGUCAUGCAAGCCCCAAGACCACAGCAGCUGAACAGAAGAGAUCAGACUCAGAAAGCAGUGGAAAAGAUAAUGGAACUGACACAAGCACCACCUACCAGAAAGUUCCACCUUCGUCUCCAAGAGAUGAGCAAUCGCAGAGUAAUGGUACUUCUUCAUAUGAAAAUAAGCGGCUUACACCUGUAUUAGAAAAUCAAACAAGUUCUGAACAAAAUGAAAGUAGUGAUAGUUCAAAUGUCAGAAAAGACGACAGCAAUAUAUCAUCUGACGAAAGUCAGGGUCAACAAAGGUCAUCAUCUGAAGAAAGCAAAGGUCAGGAAAGAUCAUCAGAUGACAGCAGGGGUCAGCAAAGGUCAUCAGAUGAUGAUCAAGGUCAACAAAGAUCAACAGAUGAUGACAGCAAGGGUCAACAGAUGUCAUCAGAUGAUAGUCAGGGUCAACAAAGAUCAACAGAUGAUGACAGCAAGGGUCAACAGAGGUCAUCAGAUGACAGUCAAGGUCAACAAAGAUCAAUGGAUGAUAGCAGCAAGGGUCAACAGAGGUCAUCAGAUGAUAGUGAAAGUCAACAAAGGUCUUUAACCGAUGAAGAGAAAAGUCAGUUAAAGUCCUCAAAUGAGGAGAGUACUGGUCAGGAUGUGUCGGUCACUGAAGAUUACAGCCGAGAUGAUGACCACAACACGAAGUCUGACUACACAACCUCUGAGGAAACCCAGCCAACAAAGUCUACAACAGAAAACACCUACACGUCUCAAACAACACAGGACAAAUCUGACGCCCACACCAGCUCUGCUACACAGGGUUAUUCACCUCGUGACAACACCGAGAGUACUAAUGAUGACACGUACACUAUGACGUACGACAGUUCUGCCACCAACCAGCCAACAGAUAAUACAACAUCAGAUAUCCGAAAUCUCAGCACUGAGAAGUCCAGCUCAGCUGAGGACAAAACCACCACAAAUUAUACUGAUGACAGUAAGGUGCAACCUAGACGUGAUUCCCUAGAACUUGAUGAUGUAGAUGAACCAAGACGUGUUAACAAGGAUGUAGAUCAAAUAGAAUACUGAGUGUCUAUAUUACUAAAACAAUUAAAAAAUUAUUGUCCAGUUCAUACACUGGAAACUUAAUUUUAACAAUGACUUUAAUUACACACUGAUGACAUUCCUAUUGUAGUUAUCAAUGACAGAUUGGCAGAGUUCUACACCAUUAAUAAAUGUUUAAAUUUGUCUAUAAAUAACAUCCUCAUUACAACAUGACAGGAACUGAGUGAAAACAGUAUAAUAUUACCUCUGGUAAAGUUGAUACUGUAUCAGCAUUUUACCUGUGGUAAAGUUGAUUCUGUAUCAGUAUUUUACCUGUGGUAAAGUUGAUUCUGUAUCAGUAUUUUACCUGUGGUAAAGUUGAUUCUGUAUCAGUAUUUUACCUGUGGUAAAGUUGAUUCUGUAUCAGUAUUUUACCUGUGGUAAAGUUGAUACUGUAUCAGUAUUUUCCCUGUGGUAAAGUUGAUACUGUUUCAGUAUUUACCUGUGGUAAAGUUGAUACUGUAUCAAUAUUUUACCUGUGGUAUAGUUGAUACUGUAUCAGUAUAUCACCUGUGGUAAAGUUGAUACUGUAUCAGUAUUUUCUGUUCAGUGAUUGAAUGUUUAGUAAUGUACAUUUCCCCAAUCCCAUUUCAAUGUUGAUUUUGUCUUUGUAUAUUACUCAGAAUGUUUGGUUAGGGAUACGUUUUGAAAUAUAUCUGUCAUUCAUUUAUACCCAGGUGUCAAACAAUAUCCUAAGACUUGUAUAUUAGCCCUAUAUGUAUAUCAGUACCUGCAGCAACCUUAAGUUAAUAGCUAUGUAAAAAGUUUGUGCGAGUAUCUUACAAGUAUACUGUUCUUAAGUGAACAGAUCUGCCUAGUUAUUAUAGACGGCCUGGCAGCUGUAUCUUGGAUGGUAGUAUCUGCCUGCCAGCUGUACCUUGGAUGGUAGUAUCGGCCUGCCAGCUGUAUCUUGGAUGGUAGUAUCGGCUUGGCAGCUGUAUCUUGGAUGGUAGUAUCGGACUGACAGCUGUACCUUGGAUGGUAGUAUCGGCCUGCCAGCUGUACCUUGGAUGGUAGUAUCGGCUUGGCAGCUGUAUCUUGGAUGGUAGUAUCGGCUUGGCAGCUGUAUCUUGGAUGGUAGUAUCGGCUUGGCAGCUGUACCUUGGAUGGUAGUAUCGGCUUGGCAGCUGUACCUUGGAUGGUAGUAUCGGCCUGCCAGCUGUACCUUGGAUGGUAGUAUCGGCUUGGCAGCUGUAUCUCGGAUAGUAGUAUCGGCCUGCCAGCUGUACCUUGGAUGGUAGUAUCGGCUUGGCAGCUGUAUCUUGGAUGGUAGUAUCUGCCUGCCAGCUGUACCUUGGAUGGUAGUAUCGGCCUGCCAGCUGUACCUUGGAUGGUAGUAUCGGCCUGCCAGCUGUACCUUGGAUGGUAGUAUCGGCUUGGCAGCUGUACCUUGGAUGGUAGUAUCGGCUUGGCAGCUGUAUCUUGGAUGGUAGUAUCGGCCUGCCAGCUGUAUCUUGGAUGGUAGUGUCGGACGGUCAGCUGUACCUUGGAUGGUAGUAUCGGCCUGCCAGCUGUACCUUGGAUGGUAGUAUCGGCUUGGCAGCUGUACCUUGGAUGGUAGUAUCGGCUUGGCAGCUGUAUCUUGGAUGGUAGUAUCGGCCUGCCAGCUGUACCUUGGAUGGUAGUAUCUGCCUGCCAGCUGUAUCUUGGAUGGUAGUAUCGGCCUGCCAGCUGUACCUUGGAUGGUAGUAUCGGCCUGCCAGCUGUAUCUUGGAUGGUAGUAUCGGACUGUCAGCUGUACCUUGGAUGGUAGUAUCGGCCUGCCAGCUGUACCUUGGAUGGUAGUAUCGGCCUGCCAGCUGUAUCUCGGAUGGUAGUAUCGGCCUGGCAGCUGUAUCUUGGAUGGUAGUAUCAGCCUGGAAGCUGUAUCUCGGAUGGUAGUAUCGGCCUGGCAGCUGUAUCUUGGAUGGUAGUAUCUGCCUGCCAGCUGUACCUUGGAUGGUAGUAUCUGCCUGCCAGCUGUACCUUGGAUGGUAGUAUCGGCCUGCCAGCUGUAUCUCGGAUGGUAGUAUCGGCUUGGCAGCUGUACCUUGGAUGGUAGUAUCGGCCUGCCAGCUGUACCUUGGAUGGUAGUAUCGGCCUGCCAGCUGUACCUUGGAUGGUAGUAUCGGCCUGCCAGCUGUACCUUGGAUGGUAGUAUCGGCUUGGCAGCUGUAUCUCGGAUGGUAGUAUCGGCUUGGCAGCUGUACCUUGGAUGGUAGUAUCGGCCUGCCAGCUGUACCUUGGAUGGUAGUAUCGGCCUGCCAGCUGUACCUUGGAUGGUAGUAUCGGCUUGGCAGCUGUAUCUUGGAUGGUAGUAUCGGCCUGCCAGCUGUACCUUGGAUGGUAGUAUCGGCUUGGCAGCUGUAUCUUGGAUGGUAGUAUCGGCCUGCCAGCUGUACCUUGGAUGGUAGUAUCGGCCUGCCAGCUGUACCUUGGAUGGUAGUAUCGGCCUGCCAGCUGUACCUUGGAUGGUAGUAUCGGCCUGCCAGCUGUACCUUGGAUGGUAGUAUCGGCUUGGCAGCUGUAUCUUGGAUGGUAGUAUCGGCCUGCCAGCUGUACCUUGGAUGGUAGUAUCGGCUUGGCAGCUGUAUCUUGGAUGGUAGUAUCGGCCUGCCAGCUGUACCUUGGAUGGUAGUAUCGGCUUGGCAGCUGUACCUUGGAUGGUAGUAUCGGCUUGGCAGCUGUACCUUGGAUGGUAGUAUCGGCCUGCCAGCUGUACCUUGGAUGGUAGUAUCGGCCUGCCAGCUGUACCUUGGAUGGUAGUAUCGGCCUGCCAGCUGUACCUUGGAUGGUAGUAUCGGCCUGCCAGCUGUACCUUGGAUGGUAGUAUCGGCCUGCCAGCUGUACCUUGGAUGGUAGUAUCGGCCUGCCAGCUGUAUCUCGGAUGGUAGUAUCGGCUUGGCAGCUGUAUCUUGGAUGGUAGUAUCUGCCUGCCAGCUGUAUCUCGGAUAGUAGUAUCGGCCUGCCAGCUGUACCUUGGAUGGUAGUAUCGGCCUGCCAGCUGUAUCUCGGAUGGUAGUAUCGGCCUGGCAGCUGUACCUUGGAUGGUAGUAUCGGCCUGCCAGCUGUACCUUGGAUGGUAGUAUCUGCCUGCCAGCUGUACCUUGGAUGGUAGUAUCGGCCUGCCAGCUGUACCUUGGAUGGUAGUAUCGGCCUGCCAGCUGUACCUUGGAUGGUAGUAUCGGCUUGGCAGCUGUACCUUGGAUGGUAGUAUCGGCCUGCCAGCUGUACCUUGGAUGGUAGUAUCGGCCUGCCAGCUGUACCUUGGAUGGUAGUAUCGGCCUGCCAGCUGUAUCUCGGAUGGUAGUAUCGGCUUGGCAGCUGUACCUUGGAUGGUAGUAUCGGCCUGCCAGCUGUACCUUGGAUGGUAGUAUCGGCCUGCCAGCUGUACCUUGGAUGGUAGUAUCGGCCUGCCAGCUGUACCUUGGAUGGUAGUAUCGGCCUGCCAGCUGUACCUUGGAUGGUAGUAUCUGCCUGCCAGCUGUACCUUGGAUGGUAGUAUCGGCCUGCCAGCUGUACCUUGGAUGGUAGUAUCGGCCUGCCAGCUGUACCUUGGAUGGUAGUAUCGGUCUGCCAGCUGUACCUUGGAUGGUAGUAUCGGCCUGCCAGCUGUACCUUGGAUGGUAGUAUCGGCCUGCCAGCUGUACCUUGGAUGGUAGUAUCGGCCUGCCAGCUGUACCUUGGAUGGUAGUAUCGGCCUGCCAGCUGUACCUUGGAUGGUAGUAUCGGCCUGCCAGCUGUACCUUGGAUGGUAGUAUCGGCCUGCCAGCUGUACCUUGGAUGGUAGUGUCGGACGGUCAGCUGUACCUUGGAUGGUAGUAUCGGCCUGCCAGCUGUACCUUGGAUGGUAGUAUCGGCUUGGCAGCUGUACCUUGGAUGGUAGUAUCGGACUGUCAGCUGUAUCUUGGAUGGUAGUAUCGGCUUGGCAGCUGUACCUUGGAUGGUAGUAUCUGCCUGCCAGCUGUACCUUGGAUGGUAGUAUCGGCUUGGCAGCUGUACCUUGGAUGGUAGUAUCGGCCUGCCAGCUGUACCUUGGAUGGUAGUGUCGGACGGUCAGCUGUACCUUGGAUGGUAGUAUCGGCUUGGCAGCUGUACCUUGGAUGGUAGUAUCGGCCUGCCAGCUGUAUCUCGGAUGGUAGUAUCUGCCUGCCAGCUGUACCUUGGAUGGUAGUAUCGGCCUGCCAGCUGUACCUUGGAUGGUAGUAUCGGCUUGGCAGCUGUAUCUUGGAUGGUAGUAUCGGACUGACAGCUGUACCUUGGAUGGUAGUAUCGGACUGACAGCUGUACCUUGGAUGGUAGUAUCUGCCUGCCAGCUGUACCUUGGAUAGUAGUAUCUGCCUGCCAGCUGUACCUUGGAUAGUAGUAUCUGCCUGCCAGCUGUACCUUGGAUGGUAGUAUCGGCCUGCCAGCUGUACCUUGGAUGGUAGUAUCGGCUUGGCAGCUGUAUCUUGGAUGGUAGUGUCGGACGGUCAGCUGUACCUUGGAUGGUAGUGUCGGACGGUCAGCUGUACCUUGGAUGGUAGUAUCGGACUGUCAGCUGUACCUUGGAUGGUAGUAUCGGUCUGCCAGCUGUACCUUGGAUGGUAGUAUCGGCCUGCCAGCUGUAUCUCGGAUGGUAGUAUCGGCCUGGAAGCUGUAUCUUGGAUGGUAGUGUCGGACUGUCAGCUGUACCUUGGAUGGUAGUAUCGGCCUGCCAGCUGUAUCUCGGAUGGUAGUAUCGGCCUGCCAGCUGUACCUUGGAUGGUAGUAUCGGCUUGGCAGCUGUACCUUGGAUGGUAGUAUCGGCUUGGCAGCUGUACCUUGGAUGGUAGUAUCGGCCUGCCAGCUGUAUCUCGGAUGGUAGUAUCGGACUGACAGCUGUACCUUGGAUGGUAGUAUCGGACUGACAGCUGUACCUUGGAUGGUAGUAUCGGACUGACAGCUGUACCUUGGAUGGUAGUAUCGGACUGACAGCUGUACCUUGGAUGGUAGUAUCGGCUUGGCAGCUGUAUCUUGGAUGGUAGUAUCGGACUGACAGCUGUACCUUGGAUGGUAGUAUCGGACUGACAGCUGUACCUUGGAUGGUAGUAUCUGCCUGCCAGCUGUACCUUGGAUAGUAGUAUCUGCCUGCCAGCUGUACCUUGGAUGGUAGUAUCGGCUUGGCAGCUGUAUCUUGGAUGGUAGUGUCGGACGGUCAGCUGUACCUUGGAUGGUAGUGUCGGACGGUCAGCUGUACCUUGGAUGGUAGUAUCGGACUGUCAGCUGUACCUUGGAUGGUAGUAUCGGUCUGCCAGCUGUACCUUGGAUGGUAGUAUCGGACGGUCAGCUGUACCUUGGAUGGUAGUAUCUGCCUGCCAGCUGUACCUUGGAUGGUAGUAUCGGACGGUCAGCUGUACCUUGGAUGGUAGUAUCGGCUUGGCAGCUGUAUCUUGGAUGGUAGUGUCGGACUGUCAGCUGUACCUUGGAUGGUAAAAAUUAUUCCAUUAUUCCAUCUGUAAUGGCCUUAAAAAAUGAGUGUCAAUCGGUCAAACUUUUCUUAUGUUUUUGUUGCUGUCUAAGCAGGUUUAUGUGAUUUUGUUUGCUUAGCUAGAUAGAAAAGCAGAUGUAAGGGAGAUAAUUCUAGUUUAAACAGACGUCACAAACAUGAUAAUGUUUAUGAAAUUGUAUAGUGAAUGCAGCCAUUGUUUAACAGUAUUAAAACAGUCUGUGAUUUUUUGUUUGUUUUUUAGACCUUUUUAGAUUUUAUCCAUACAUGUAUGACAUGUAGCUGUUGAUGAUGACAGAGAUCGACAUUGUCAUCAAUGUCAGUAUUAGUGUAGAGAGGUGUACAAGUUUUAGAGACACUUAUAUUUUUCUACUGUAUUGUUUUUAAUCUCCUUUAUAGCUCUAUGUGGUAGUCACCAUUGAUGAUGAUUAAGUAGUUAUCCAAAUUAAUCAUAACUGUUUUACAUAUUAAAAUUAAAAGUCUAUAGUUUCAUUGUCCUGAUUUAAAUGUUGCGCUUUUUGAGGAAUUUCAUUAAAUAUGUACAUUACAAAUA